GGUGAGCGUGACUCAGGCGUCGGCGUCUCACACCCCGGGCAGCCGCAGAGGGAGCGCGGCAGGGGCGGCGGAGGCACCCCAGGGAGCGCCGGGUUAUGGUGGCACCGGGCUGAGCGCCGGGACGCGCCGAGGCGGCAGCGGGGCCGAGCCCGGAGCCAUGGAGGGGCCUGGCCAGGAGGCCUACGAGGAGGGGAUGAGGAGGAGCCUGGACCCCGAAGGCUACGAGGACCCCGGCCUAAAGAGCUCCCACCUGUCACUGGGCGAGAUGAGCAGGGCCGGCGCUGGCAUCGGGUCCCCCCUGCAGGCGUGGAGGGCCAGGGCCGAGGAGAUGAAUCCCCUGCGCCAGUAUCUGCCCGGCCGCCGGGGAUUUUAUGACCUGGACGGGAAGAGGCGCUCGGCCGGGGCCCCCCCGGGACACCCCAGCCGUGGCGAAGGGCAGCCUGUGUCAGUGACCGAUGUGGACCUGGAGGCAGCAGGGAGCAGGAGGCUCCUGUCCCAGCAGGACGCCCAUGAGGGAUACGUGGAGCUGCACGAGCUGGUCCUGGACAAUGCCAAGGACUUGUGCUGGAUGGAGGCCGGCCACUGGCUCAAGCUGGAGGAGGACUUCCAGGAAUCGGGGGACUGGAGCCAGCCCCAUCUCUCCUUCCUGACCUACCACAGCCUCCUGGAGAUCCGCCGGGCUUUGAACAAAGGUGCCAUUCUCCUCAACGUGGAGGCCAACUCGCUGCCGGCCAUCGUCCACAUCCUCCUCGACCAGCUGAUCUACGAGGGGCAGAUGAAGCCGCAGGACCGGGACGACGUCAUGAGGACGCUGCUGCUGCGCCACAGCCACCCCAGCGAGGACGAGUCGGUGUGGACGAUGCCGCCGGCGCUGGUGCAGCGCUCGGGCACCGGCCGGGCCGACGUGGAGCGGCCACUUCUGCGGGAGCAGCGGCCCAUGGAGAUGAGCAGGAUGGCAGGGAAGGAGCAGAGUGGGGUUCCCAGACCCCAACUCCUGGAGACGAUCCCAGAGGGGGCUGAGGCCACCCUGGUCCUUGUGGGCUGUGCAGCCUUCCUGGAGCAGCCAAUGCUGGCCUUUGUGCGCCUGAAGGACGCGGUGACACUGGAGGGUGUCCUCGACGUGUCCAUCCCCGUCCGCUUCCUCGUCGUGGUGCUGGGGCCCGACACCCCCCAGAUCAGCUACCACGAGAUCGGCCGUGCCAUCGCCACCAUGAUGUCCGAGAGGGUGUUCCGCCGGGACGCGUACCUGGCCGAGGGGCGGCAGGAGCUGGUGCGGGGCGUCGAGGAUUUCCUGGAUGCCAGCAUCGUCCUGCCGCCCACCGAGGCCCCCAACGAGCAGCUGCUCCGCGCCCUGGUCCCGCUGCAGCAGGAGCUGCUCCGACGGCGCUACCAACCCCUGGAGAGACUGCACAUCGGGGACUUCCUGAAAGACCUGGGUACGGCGGGGAGCCCCCCGCAAUCCCCCGUCCCUGUGGCUGGCGGGACCCCCCCCUUUGGACACGGGGUCCCCUCACGGCCACCUGAUGUGUCCCCAGGGCCGGACGAGGCGGCCGCGGAGGACGACGACCCCCUGCGCAGGACGGGGCGGCCUUUCGGGGGGCUGGUGCGGGACAUCCGCCGGCGGUACCCCAAAUACCUCAGUGACAUCAAGGACGCGCUCAACCCGCAGUGCCUGGCCGCCGUCAUCUUCAUCUACUUCGCGGCGCUGUCGCCCGCCAUCACCUUCGGGGGCUUGCUGGGCGAGAAGACCAAGGGGAUGAUGGGGGUGUCGGAGCUGCUCAUCUCCACCUGCGUGCAGUGCGUGCUCUUCAGCCUCCUCAGCGCCCAGCCCCUCCUCGUCGUCGGCUUCUCGGGACCCCUCCUCGUCUUUGAGGAAGCCUUUUACUCGUUCUGCAGCAGCAAUGGCUUGGAAUACAUCGUGGGACGGGUCUGGAUCGGCUUCUGGCUGAUCCUGCUGGUGCUGGUGGUGGUGGCCUGCGAGGGCAGCUUCCUGGUGCGCUACCUGUCCCGCUACACCCAGGAGAUCUUCUCCUUCCUCAUCUCCCUCAUCUUCAUCUUUGAGACUUUCUCCAAGCUGGUCACGAUUUUCAAGCAUCACCCGCUGCAGAGGAACUACAGGGUGGGGGCUGAAUUCGAGCCCGGGGUGCCGGAGCCCAACACGGCGCUGCUGUCCCUCGUCCUCAUGGCCGGCACCUUCUUCCUGGCCUUCUUCCUCCGCGUGUUCAAGAACAGCUCCUUCCUGCCCGGCAAGGUCCGGCGCUUGAUCGGGGACUUCGGGGUGCCCAUUUCCAUCUUCAUCAUGUCACUGGCCGACUUCUUCAUCAACGACACCUACACCCAGAAACUCAGCGUCCCCAAAGGGCUGCAGGUCACCAACUCGACUGCCCGGGGCUGGUUCAUCCACCCCAUGGGAGAAAAUAACACGUUCCCCAUCUGGAUGAUGUUCGCCUCCGUGAUUCCUGCCCUUCUGGUCUUCAUCCUCAUCUUCCUCGAGACACAGAUCACCACCCUCAUCGUCAGCAAGCCCGAGAGGAAACUGGUGAAGGGCACCGGCUUCCACCUGGACCUGCUGCUGAUCGUGGCCAUGGGGGGGCUGGCAGCCCUUUUUGGGAUGCCCUGGCUCAGUGCCACCACCGUCCGCACCAUCACCCACGCCAACGCCCUCACCGUCAUGAGCAAGACCUCUGCUCCGGGCGAGAAAUCCCAGAUCCUGGAGGUCAAGGAGCAGCGCAUCAGUGGCCUCCUGGUGGCUGUGCUCAUUGGCGUCUCCAUCCUGAUGGAGCCCAUCCUGAAGUACAUUCCCCUGGCCGUGCUCUUUGGCAUCUUCCUCUACAUGGGGGUCACCUCCCUCUUUGGCAUCCAGCUCUUUGACCGCAUCCUGCUCCUGCUGAAGCCCCCCAAGUACCACCCUGAUGAGCCCUACGUCACCCGGGUGAAGACUUGGAGGAUGCACCUCUUCACCUUCACCCAGAUCAUCUUCCUCGUGGUGCUGUGGGUGGUGAAGUCCACCCCGGCCUCGCUGGCUCUGCCCUUUGUCCUCAUCCUCACCGUGCCUCUGCGGCGCUUCCUGCUGCCCAGGAUCUUCCGGGACAUCGAGCUCAAAUGCCUGGACGCAGAUGACGCCGUGGUGACCUUUGACGAGGCAGAGGGGACAGAUGUGUACAACGAGGUGCAGAUGCCCAGUUAAGGGCCGGCCCCCGGCCCCCCGACGCCCCCCCAGCCCCGCUUCCAUCUCCACUGCUGCCAUCCUGAGGCCACCGGGCUGCCAAGAAGGACUGGGGACACCGUCCCCACCUGCCCGCCCUCGGGAAUGGAGCCUUUUGUGUUUUUUCCCUUUAUUUCGUCUGUUUUAACAAUAUUUUGGAUGGUGUGAUCUCACCCCCACUUUGCUGCCUGCUGGGGAAGGGGCUGCCUGGGCUGGCCGGGCCCCACGAGCCACCCUCCACCCCGUGGCAAGGCGGGAUGUGUCACUGUCCUGUCCCCAAGGCCACCACCAGCGUGGGGAGGAGACGGAGGAAGACCCCAGAGCCUGCAGGGAGGAGGAGGAGGAAGGUAGGGACAGGGAUGGGGUCCUCCCACCGUGCUCCCUCUCCCCGGGGAGCCCCCCCAGCCCAGCCCCUCUCCCCAGAUGAACUUUGAACAAGCUGGGACAGAGCCUUCCCCCUGUGGAGCCCUUUGCUGCACUCCCAGCACGUCCCAGAGCCAGGAUGUAAAUAGUGCAGCAAGGGGGGGUGUUAUACAUUUACAACGAAAACAAUCCCGCUCAAAACACACAGAAAAAUACUUAAAGUUAUGCUGAUGCUUCUGCAGGUAGAAUUCACUUAGAGCCAAGCAAAAAUUGAAAAAAAAAAAAAAAAAAAAAAAAAAAAAAGGCUGAAAAAGUGCCUCAAAAAUAGAAAAAAAAAAGAAGAUAAAAAAAAAAAAAAGUAGCUGCAAGGAGUGAUCUGUAUAUUUGAUGCUACUGGGGGGGUUUGUAAUUUAUUUUUCAGGCUGGUUGUGCCCCCACCGCAGUGGGGCCCCGUGCGUGUGUGUAUAUACUAGAGAAUGAUAGCAAAACCUAGAAUUUUCUAGAAAAGAUGAUUUUAAAGAAUCCUGGUCAGGGCCUAAACUCUAUGGACCAGUCUGGCAGUGUCGUUUAACUGAUAAGUUAGUCUUAAUUAGUUAAUUAGUCCUCUUUAUUUUUAUAGCGUUUCAGGUAAAUCCAGGUAGUUUUUCCUUGAUUUUUCCCUUGCUUGCUCACCGUGUCUUGCCCCAUUUCCCUUGGGAUUGCUCCCAGUCCAGCCAAGCAUCCCCCGAUCCUGCCAGGGCUGGUUCUGCCCUGGGCAGCCCCAAGGGUUGGAUGUGAUCAGGGUAAAGAGCACCAGAUCAGGCUCCAAAUUUGCUCCUUUUUGCAUAAAUCAGAGCAGGGGACCCCGAAAUCAGCGUGGGAGGGGGGUGGGAAGGGGCAGCCACACCGGGGGCUGCGCUGCCUCAUGUUUGGGUUGGUUUCGUUUUAUUAAUUACGUGUCUGAAAUAAAAAUGUUUUGAUCUUUGGGGGUUUCUCCUUCCCUUGCCCACACCUCUGUAUCAGGCUUUAAUAAACAAAUUAAUAAAAUCAGAAA